AUGGAGUCUUCCAUACUGCAGUACGCUCUGGGCAGUCCUCUCUCUCUAGGACUGACGCUCUUGCUGGUGGUGGCUGCCACGGUGCUGGUCUACCUCACCUACAACAGCACCAAGAGUAGCAACCAGCAGGGCAAGGAUAAGGUCAGAGCAGAGACCCUCCACUCCUCCACUGCCCGCCCACCACACUCCUCCACUGCAUCUGACCCCCUCCCACCACACCCUCACACACUGAAGGUGUUCUAUGGAACACAAGCAGGCACCUCUAAAAGCUUUGCCGAGCAGCUAGUGGAGAAAGCUAGCUCUAGAGGGGUUAGCGUGACUAUUGCCGACCUGAAGGACUGUGACCCUGACGACACACUCACACACGAGUGCUGUGACCCCCAUGUUGUGUGUGUGUUCCUGCUCUCCACGUACACUGGUGGAGCACCCCCUGACACGGCCGAGUGGUUCUGUAGAUGGAUACACGAAGCGAGUGAUGACUGCAGAGUUCAGAAAUCACUUCUAGCAGGAGUCAAGUUCACCGUGUUUGCUCUCGGCCACUCUCUAUAUGAUACAAAUUAUUGCCUGGCGGGGAAAAACCUGUUUGACUGGUUAAGAAAGUUGUCAGCGAAACCUGUAUACCCGUUGAGACUGGGUGAUCAGAAUGUGGCUCAGAGUGAUCAUGGCGGACUGGAAGAAGAUUUCAAAGUUUGGCUGGAUGACUUUGUUCGUGAGGUGUUCCCUGUGUUAGUGGGUGAGAGAGCUCUCCAAGACCUCACCCCCUGUGAUGGUGGCCACACCCCUUGUGAGUGUGGGGGCGGCAAGUCCGAGGGCAACUGCUGCAAGUCGAGCAAGGAAGAGGUAUUGUAUGAGAGCUCUAGUGAGGAUGAGGCCAGUGGGGCGGAGGAGGAGGCCGAAGGGGGGAGCCCCCGCUCAUCAGUAGGACUUGUGGACGUGGAGGAUAUGGGUCAUGUGAUGGGCAAGAUGAAGAGUGCCAAGAGUCAGCGGAGAGAGGAAGAGGAUCAAGUAAGGAAAGGACUAAAAGAGCCCAGGGAAAUGGUGACCCCUGCCCUGAGGCAGUCCCUCACCAAGCAAGGGUAUCGUGUGGUUGGAUCCCACUCCGGAGUGAAGAUGUGUCGAUGGACCAAGUCUAUGCUCAGGGGCAGGGGAGGUUGUUACAAGCAUACCUUUUAUGGUAUUGAGAGUCAUCGCUGCAUGGAGACCACACCCAGUCUAGCCUGUGCCAACAAGUGCGUCUUCUGUUGGAGGCACCACACCAACCCAGUAGGCACAGAAUGGCGAUGGAAGAUGGACGAUGCGGAAACCAUUCUAAAAGGAGCUCUGGAUAGUCACUAUCAGAUGGUCAAGCAGUUCAAAGGUGUACCUGGUGUGUUGCCACGGCGACUGGCUGAAGGGAAGGAGCCCAAGCACUGUGCCCUGUCCCUGGUAGGAGAGCCCAUCAUGUACCCUGAGAUCAACACUCUAGUCAGACUACUACACAAUAAGGAGAUCUCCACAUUCCUCGUCACUAAUGCACAGUUCCCUGAGGCUAUCAGAUCCCUCCUACCAGUCACCCAGCUGUAUGUGAGUGUGGACGCUAGCACUAAGGACACUCUCAAGAAGAUAGACCGACCUCUCUUCAGGGACUUCUGGCCACGCUUCAUCUCAAGCCUCGAGGCACUCUCUGAGAAGGGUCAGCGGACUGUGUAUCGACUCACUCUUGUCAAGCAAUGGAACACAGAUGAGCUAGAGAGCUAUGCCAGUCUAGUUACCAAGGGUAACCCGGACUUCAUUGAAGUUAAAGGUGUGACCUAUUGUGGUGACUCUAAGACCUCCACCCUCACGCUCGUCAACGUUCCCUGGCAUGAGGAAGUGCUGAACUUCGUGCAGACCUUUGCUGCCUUACUCCCUGACUAUGCUGUGGCUUGUGAACAUGAGCACUCAAACUGUGUCCUCAUAGCGCACAAGAAAUUUUUCAUUGAUGGCAAGUGGCACACUUGGAUUGACUACACCAAGUUCCACGAACUAAUUGGGGCGUACGAGGCGUCCAAUGGGCAGCAGACGUUCACGGCCCUGGACUAUGUGGCCCCCUCCCCAGAGUGGGCUGUGAUUGGUCACAAGCAGAGGGGAUUUGACCCACUAGAGACUCGCUGGCACCGCAAGAACAAGAACAAGGACAUCGGAGGAUGCUAGCCUAGCUGGGAUAUUGACUAUACUAAGCAUUGGAAACUCGUAUCAAUUUUACUCUAAGCUGAAUCAUGCAAUGUGUAAUGAUGUAAUAAUACACCCAAGCACUGUUGUCAUGACGUACUGUACGACAAUUGUUACUUCUCAAAAAAUUACUGAUAUGUAUAUACA